GGGCUGUCGGAGCAGAGGAGGUAGCUCCCGCCUUAGUGAGGGCUCAGAGGGUCCCAGCCUGAAGAGGCAGAGGGGAUCUGGGCUUGGGGUCAGGACUCUGGAAUGCAGCCCUCUUCAUUGUUGCUGCUGCUGCUGUGUCAGUCGGUCAUGAAGACCAAAGGGCUGCCGUGUGGGAGUUUCUCAGAACCCUGUGCCAAUGGAGGCAUCUGCCUGAGCCUAUCUCAAGGCCUAGGCACCUGCCAGUGUGCCCCUGGCUUCCUGGGUGAGACAUGCCAGUUUCCUGACCCCUGCCAUGAUACCCAGCUCUGCCAAAAUGGGGGCAGCUGCCAAGCCCUGCUUCCCACCCUCCCAGGUUCCCCCAGCCCUCCCUCUCCCCUGACCCCCAGCUUCUUCUGCACCUGCCCCUCUGGCUUCACUGGUGAGAGGUGCCAGGCCCAGCUCAAGGACCCCUGUUCUUCCUUCUGUUCCAAAAUGGGCCACUGCUACAUCCAGUCCUCAGGACGUCCACAGUGUUCCUGCUUGCCUGGAUGGACAGGUGAGCAGUGCCAGCUUCGGGACUUCUGUUCAGCCAACCCCUGCAUGAAUGGAGGGGUAUGUCUAGCCACCUACCCCCAGAUCCAGUGCCGCUGCCCACCUGGCUUCGAGGGCCAUGCCUGUGAACACGAUGUCAACGAGUGUUUCUUAGACCCAGGACCCUGCCCCGAGGGCACCUCCUGCCAUAACACCUUGGGGUCCUUCCAGUGUCUCUGUCCCGCUGGGCGGGAAGGUCCACACUGUGAGCUUUGGCCAGGACCUUGCCCACCAAUGGGCUGUCCCAAUGGGGGUACCUGCCAGCUGGUUCCAGGGAGAGAUUUCACCUUCCACCUCUGCCUCUGCCCCCCAGGUUUCACAGGCCCAGGCUGUGAGGUGAACUCAGAUGACUGCAUCGGGCACCAGUGCCAGAACGGGGGUACUUGCCAGGAUGGGCUGGUCUCCUACACCUGCCUCUGCCCAGAGGCCUGGACAGGUUGGGAUUGCUCUGAAGAUGUGGACGAAUGUGAGACCCGGAGUCCCCCUCGCUGCAGAAACGGGGGUACCUGCCAGAACUCGGCUGGCAGCUUCCAUUGUGUUUGUGUUAGUGGCUGGGGAGGCACAGGCUGUGAGGAGAACCUCGAUGACUGUGUUGCUGCCACCUGUGCCCCAGGAUCCACCUGCAUUGACCGUGUGGGCUCCUUCUCCUGCCUCUGCCCACCUGGCCGCACAGGCCUUCUGUGUCACAUGGAGGACAGGUGUCUAAGUCAGCCAUGCCACGGGGAAGCCCAGUGCAGCACCAACCCCCUGACAGGAGCCACACUCUGCUUGUGUCAGCCUGGCUACUCAGGGCCCACCUGCCACCAGGACCUUGACGAGUGUCAGAUGGCCCAGCGAGGCUCCAGUCCUUGUGAACAUGGCGGCUCCUGCCUCAACACCCCCGGCUCCUUUGACUGCCUCUGUCCCCCUGGCUACACGGGCUCCCGCUGCGAGGCUGAUCACGAUGAAUGCCUGUCCCAGCCCUGCCACCCAGGCAGCACCUGCCUGGACCUGCUGGCCACCUUCCACUGCCUCUGCCCACCAGGCUUAGAAGGGCAGCUCUGUGAGGUGGAGACAGAUGAGUGUGCCUCGGCUCCUUGCCUGAAUCAGGCUGGCUGUCAAGACCAGCGCAACGGCUUCCUGUGCAUCUGCAUGCCCGGAUUCACAGGCUCCCGGUGUGAGGAGGACAUCAACGAGUGCAGAAGCUCUCCCUGUGCCAAUGAUGGGCAGUGCCAGGACCAGCCUGGAUCCUUCUAUUGCGAGUGUCUCCAAGGCUUCGAAGGCCCGCGCUGUGAGGUGGAGGUGGAUGAGUGUCUGAGUAGCCCAUGUCCCAGUGGCGCCAGCUGCCUUGAUGUCCCAGGAUCCUUCUUUUGCCUCUGCCCCUCUGGCUUCACAGGUCAUCUCUGUGAGUUUCUCCUGUGUGCCCCCAACCUAUGCCAGCCCAAACAAAAAUGUCAGCAUCAGGAAGACAAGGCCCACUGCCUCUGCCUCGAUGGAAGCCCUGGCUGUACCCCCAUUGAGGACAACUGCACUUGCCACCAUGGGCACUGCCAGAGAUCUUCAUGUGUAUGUGACGUGGGUUGGACAGGACCAGAGUGUGAGGCGGAGCUGGGGGGUUGUGUCUCCACGCCCUGUGCCCAUGGAGCGACCUGCCAUCCCCAGCCUUCUGGCUACAACUGCACCUGCCCCAUAGGCUAUACAGGGCCCACCUGUAGUGAGGAGGUAACAGCUUGUCACUCUGGGCCCUGUCUCAACGGUGGCUCCUGCAGCCUCAACCCUGGAGGCUACUCUUGCAUCUGCCCUCCAAGCCACACCGGGCCCCACUGCCAGACCAGCACUGACCACUGUGCCUCUGCCCCGUGCCUCAAUGGGGGCACCUGUGUGAACAAGCCUGGCACCUCCUCCUGCUUCUGUGCCAUGGGCUUCCAAGGCCCACGCUGUGAGGAAAGGAUCUAUCCCAGCUGUGCAGACAGCCCCUGUAGGAACAUGGCUACCUGCCAAGAUGGCCCCCAGGGUCCCCGCUGCCUCUGCCCCACUGGCUAUACAGGAAGCAGCUGUCAGACUCUGAUGGACUUAUGUGCCCCGAAGCCCUGCGCACACAAUUCCCACUGCCUCCAGUCUGGGCCCUCCUUUCAGUGCCUGUGCCUCCAGGGAUGGACCGGGCCUCACUGCAACAUUCCACUCUCCUCCUGCCAGAAGGCCGCCCUGAGCCAAGGCGCAGAAGUCUCUUCCCUAUGCCAGAAUGGAGGCCUCUGCAUUGACAGUGGCCCAUCCUAUUUCUGUCACUGUCCCCCUGGAUUCCAAGGCAGCAUGUGCCAGGACCGGGUAAACCCAUGCGAGUCCAGGCCCUGCCAGCAUGGGGCCACAUGUGUGGCCCAGCCCAGUGGGUAUCUCUGCCAGUGUGCUCCAGGCUACAAUGGACAGAACUGUUCAGAGGAAUCCGAUGCUUGUCAAUCCCAGCCCUGUCACAACCAUGGAACUUGCACCCACAAACCUGGAGGUUUCCACUGCAUCUGCCCUCCAGGCUUUGUGGGACUGCGCUGUGAGGGGGACGUGGAUGAGUGUCUGGACCAGCCCUGCCACCCCACAGGAACUGCAGCCUGCCACUCUCUAGCCAAUGCCUUCUAUUGCCAGUGUCUGCCUGGACAUACAGGCCAGUGGUGUGAAAUGGAGAUAGAGCCCUGCCAGAGCCAGCCCUGCUCCCAUGGAGGGUCUUGUGAAGCCACAGCAGGACCAUCCCCAGGUUUUAUCUGCCAUUGCCCUCCGGGUUUUGAAGGACCCACCUGCAGCCACAGAGUUCCCUCCUGCGGCCUCCAUCACUGCCACCACGGUGGCCUGUGUCUGCCCUCCCCCAAGUCUGGCUUUCCACCUCGCUGUGCCUGCCUCAAUGGCUACAGAGGCCCUGACUGCCUGACCCCACCCUCUUCUCAAGGCUGUGGCCCUCCUUCUCCAUGCCUACACAAUGGCAGCUGCUCAGAGACCUCUAAGCUGGGGGGCCGAGGCUUUCGAUGCUCCUGCCCUCCCAGCUCCUUAGGUCCCCGGUGUCAGAGCCCCAGAGCAAAGGGAUGUGAGGGCAGAGGUGGAGAUGGGGCCUGUGACACAGGAUGCAGUGGACCAGAAGGAAACUGGGAUGGGGGAGACUGCUCCCUGGGCGUCCUGGACCCCUGGAAGGGCUGCCCCUCUCACUCCCGCUGCUGGCUUCUCUUCCGAGAUGGGCAGUGCCACCCACAAUGUGACUCUGAAGAAUGUUUGUUUGACGGCUAUGACUGUGAGACUUCUCCAACCUGCACUCCAGCCUAUGACCAGUUCUGCCGUGAUCACUUCCACAAUGGGCACUGCGAGAAAGGCUGCAACACUCCAGAAUGUGGCUGGGAUGGGGGCGACUGCAGGCCCGAAGAUGGGGAUUCAGAGUGGGGGCCCUCCCUGGCCCUACUGGUGGUGCUGAGCCCCCCUGCCCUGGACCAGCAGCUGCUUGCCCUGGCCCGGGUGCUGUCCUUGACUCUAAGGGUGGGUCUCUGGGUGAGGAAGGAUAGUGAUGGCAGGGACAUGGUAUACCCCUAUCCUGGGGCCGAGGCUGAAGAGGAGCUAGGAGGAACCCCAAACCCUUCUCAUCGGGAGAGGGCAGCCCCUCAAACACAGCCUGUGGGCAAGGAGACAGACUCCCUCAGCACAGGGUUUGUGGUGGUAAUGGGUGUGGAUUUGUCCCGCUGUGGCCCUGACCACCCUGCAUCUCGCUGUCCCUGGGACCCUGGGCUCCUGCUCCGCUUCCUUGCCGGAAUGGCUGCAGUGGAGGCCCUGGAACCCCUUCUGCCGGGACCCCUGCUGGCUGCCCACCCUCGCACAGGCACCGCAGCCCCUGCCAACCAGCUCCCCUGGCCUGUACUGUGCUCGCCAGUGGCUGGGGUGCUUCUCCUGGCCCUCGGGGCUCUUCUCGUCCUCCAGCUCAUCCGGCGGCGGCGACGAGAGCAUGGGGCCCUCUGGCUGCCCCCUGGGUUCACUAGAAAGCCUCAGACUCAGCCAGCUUCCCGCCCACGCCGGCCCCCGCUGGGAGAGGACAGCAUCGGCCUCAAGGCACUGAAAUCAGAGGCUGAAGUUGAAGAUGGAGUUACGUGCUCGGGCCCUGAAGAAGGAGAGGUGGGUGGCCAGGCUGAAGAAAUGGCUUCACCCGCCAAGUGCCAGCUCUUGCUUCUGAGUGGUGACUGUCAGGAGCUCCCCCAGGCAGCCAUGCUGACUCCUCCCCAGGAAUUUGAGAUAGAUGUCCCUGACGUAGACGCCCGUGGACCUGAUGGGGUGACACCUCUGAUGUCAGCAGUCUGCUGUGGGGGAGUAGGAUCUGGGACCUUCCAGGCAGCAUGGCUGGAAAGCCCUGAACCCUGGGAACCUCUGUUAGGUGGAGGGGCUUGUCCCCAAGCUCACACUGUGGGCACUGGGGAGACCCCCCUGCACCUGGCUGCCAGAUUCUCCCGACCAACUGCUGCCCGUCGCCUCCUUGAGGCUGGAGCCAACCCCAACCAGCCAGACCAAGCAGGGCGUACUCCCCUUCACACUGCUGUGGCUGCUGAUGCUCGAGAGGUCUGCCAGCUCCUACUCCGCAGCAGACAGACCGCAGUGGAUGCACGGACAGAGGAUGGGACCACAGCGCUGAUGCUGGCCUCCAGGCUGGCGGUGGAAGACCUGGUUGAAGAACUGAUUGCAGCCCAAGCAGAUGUGGGGGCCAGAGAUAAACGGGGAAAAACCGCGCUGCAUUGGGCCGCCGCCGUGAACAACGCCCGGGCCGCCAGCUCCCUUCUCCAGGCCGGAGCCGAUAAAGACGCCCAGGACGGCAGGGAGCAGACGCCACUGUUUCUGGCGGCCCGAGAAGGGGCAGUGGAGGUGGCUCAGCUGCUGCUGAGACUAGGGGCAGCCCGAGAGCUGCGGGACCAGGCAGGACUAACGCCGGGGGACAUCGCACGCCAGCGGAACCACUGGGAUCUGCUGACGCUACUAGAAGGAGCGAGGCCGCCGGAGACAUGUCACAAAGACGCGACGGGUGCUUUCGCGCGUGCGCGGACCGCGUCGGGCAGCGUACCGUCGCGCAGGGGCGUGGCUCUGCAGCGCUGCCGGACGUUGUCAGCAGGAGCAGUCUCUCGUGGAGGCGGGGCAGAUCUACAAACCCGGACUUCGUCGGUUGACUUAACCGCGCAUGGGGAUGUGGCCUAUUCGCAGUGCCGGAUCCUAUCAAAAGGAGGAGCAGGAGGCGGCCCGCCCCGCCACGGCCGGAGGUUUUCUGCAGGCAUGCGCGGGCCUCGGCCCAACCCUGCAAUAAUACAAGGAAGAUCCGGGGUCGCGACCGGUAGUGGGGGUGUGUCCUUAGCUGACGAGUGGCCCUGCGAUUGGGUGGCCUUGGGAGCCUGCAGUCCCGCCUCCAACACGCGGAUCUCACCUCUUUACCUUACUCCGUCUCCCGAGCGGGGUUCCCCUCAAGUUGCCUGGGAUUCGCCGCCAGCCCACCGUGUAAUAUCCUUAAGUGCAGGAGGUGAGGGUCAAAAACAGAAAGCUAAUGGCAGGGACGAAUUGUAAAACUGAGCACCCAUUAAAUGACAGGCGUCCGGAAGUUCUCCAGAUUUUAAAGUUUUCGAGCCCCAAAAGUAGGAGGUCGUGAGUAUAGUGUCCUUUCCAAAAUGAGUGUAUACACACUACCGUCAUCGACUUCCACAUUGAGAACUUGCAGCCCUAGAAAGGGUUUAGGGUGCUGAGAUGAAGCAAACCAAAACUACAGACAAGAUGUAAGAUGUUCUUUCUUGUGCAGUAUAUGGUUCCCAAAGGGAGCCUUUAUAUCACCCAUUACAUCAUCCCCACUACCCACAAACAGCUGACAAAUAUUUAUUGGGCACCUACCAUGUGCCAGGCACUGUGGGGUGGGGAGCGCCAAGGACCACUCCAGCUGAUGACUCCUUGCAUUCUCACCACCCCCAAACCAACCACUGCAGGGAUGAAGCGCAACUCUUCUAGCCACUGCUAUCUCUAAGAACCCCAAAUUUAUCACCAGAUAAUAAAGCUGAUUUAAAAUGUUA